CUAGGCAAGAUGCAGGCAUGUCAGGGCGAUCACCCCAGAAAUCCGCAUGUACUGUGGCCGCUUCGUUGGACGAUCGAUGACGGCGCAUGGAUGAUCCCCUGCGUGAAAUUCUGGGUUCAGCAUUUUGUUAGCGGGGUACACACACACACACACUCGGGAUAUUGAGUAUGGGAUUGACUGCCUCAUGCCACACGGGAACCUAGGUAAAAGCAGGUCUGAGUAAAGCAUAUAAGGGGGUCUGACAAUCCUAUAAUCCUGAAGGCGUCAAGUUGAACAGUUCCAAAGGUUGCAAAUUGAAAGGUCAACUCCAAAGGCUCAAUCCAAAAGUUCGAGUCGAACGAGACACGAAGCGGCGAACUCGUGACUGCAGUGAAGGAACGGCUGCGAUGGCCAGAAAAUUGUUCCAAAUAGAAAGGGGGCCAAGUCACGGAAGUGUUCAGGUAAGACAGCAGGUACGCCGAGUUGCAUGAUUGUGGUAUCUUCGCUGCUCAACAAAAAACAAGAAACACCAAAAGGUGACCUCUGAAUCCAAGGUGUUCACCUACAAACAUGCCCCCCGCUCGAAGCAGUCAAGAAGCUUUUUACGUUGUCAAAGCUAAGGUGCCGGCAUGGGAGUGAGACAGAGUCAAGAGAAGGUAUGGCGUUGACUCUGGUUUGGGUAGGCGGUGAGAGGGAUCCGACCUUGGGCGAUGGCGUCAUGAAGAAGCGGAGGGCCGGGAAGAGGCCCACCAAUGGCAUUGCGCUGAGGGUAUUCAUCACAGCCAAGGGGACGGAGUUGCAUGGUGAGGUUUCGAGACAGAGAAGAUGUUCCGCUUCCCAGACGCGAGAGUCACCGUUGGUGGGGAGAGCCAUCCAGAAGUGUGAGUCUUCGGAAUGCGUGUGCGGGAGUGACAUCGAGGUCGUCGACAGUGUACUUGCGCUGGUCCAAGUCGAUAAGUCGCCAGGGUGACUUUGAUGAUUACAAAGGCUGAUGGACCAAUAGGCUACCGGCUAACGUCCAGGUCAAAUCAAACUCACCUCCCAGACCGUAGCAUAUGUGGUGGUUCGGGCAUACGUAGACCGCCAUGUGUAAGCAUCCUGAAGGUGGUCUGAACAUCUUCAAAGUCUCAAAGGCCUCCUAGUCC